UGGUUUGUCCCUCUCUCUGAUUGGGUGUUCCACCUGCCCUUCAUCAGCUCCAACCAAUCACUACUUUCGUCCUUCAGUCUUGCGUCACGCUCACACGCCGGCAUUGACAAUCCAAGAUGUCGUCGGUGAUCCCCAUGUGUGUCCGAGCUAGCCACGGCCUCCUGAGGCUAAAGAGCAGGGUGAUCCGUGCUUCUUCCCCGGCAGCGGUGGAUAUCAUCCGGACACUCUCUGCGAACCGUCCCCCGGCCGGAGCGGGUAGUGUUCCGGGCGGGUUGGCCCAGGCUGUCCUUCAGCAGAGACUCCAGCAGCAGAGUCAGGGCCAGCUGCCUGCAGAGGGUGGGCAGAGCGACAAGGAUGGAGAGCAGGAGGAAAAGAAACAGGAAGAGUUCAUGGCCUACAUUAAUAAGAUGGCGCUGCGGUUAGGUGGACUCAUGGGACUGGGCGGAACGGUCAUCGUCGUCUACAUAUUUG